UUCUCAGCCUGGGACUCGUCAAAUCAUCAUCAUCCUCAUCAUCAUCAAUCCUCCCCCGACAUCGUCGUGACUCAUCCCGUCCCAUCUGCUAUUAAAGCAAUUCACCACUCAUUACUGGCCGGCCGGUUCCGCCCAGAUCCCCGCUGUUCUUCGCUACCCAGUCGAGUCGAGUCGAGCGGGCGGACGGCCUUUUCUUCCUCCCUUUUUCGGGGCCGUCAUGGGCGCGGUUAAGGCGGCGAUCGCCGACGGGGUCCUGACCUUCAUGUGGGUCUUCUGCGCGUCGACGCUGGGGGCCGCGACGACGGUGCUGGCGGCGGCGCUCGGGCUCGAGGACGACGUCCUGCCGUGGGCGUCGCUGCUGAUUACCACCGCGCUCGUCUUUGUCCUGGUGCUGGUGUUCGACCUGGUCGGGGCCGCGCUGGGCGGCGCGAGCUUCAACCCGACCGCCACCGCGUCGUUCUAUGCGGCCGGCGUCGGCUCCGACGACCUCCUCUCCAUGGCUCUGCGGUUUCCUGCUCAGGCUGCUGGUGCUGUUGGUGGAGCUCUUGCGAUCAUGGAGGUGAUGCCUUCACAAUACAAGCACAUGUUGGAAGGGCCAUCUUUGAAGGUGGACUUGCAUACAGGAGCUCUUGCAGAGGGCGUUUUGACCUUUGUGAUCACCUUCCUCGUCCUCCUCAUCGUGCUCAGAGGGCCUCAGAGCUCCUUUCUGAGGACCUGGUUGCUGGCCGCGGUGACGGUCGCCUUGGUAGUCACGGGAUCUUCCUUCACUGGGCCAUCCAUGAAUCCAGCCAACGCUUUUGGGUGGGCAUAUGUGAACAAUCAGCAUAACACAUGGGAACAAUUCUACGUCUAUUGGAUCAGCCCUUUCGUCGGUGCGAUAUUAGCAGCUUGGGUCUUCCGGGUCCUCUUCCCCCCACCACCUGCCAAAAAGAAGCAGAAGAAAGCCUAAGAAAGCACCGCGCUUUUUUCCUUCUGGGUGUUAGACAGCCGUUGUCCUCACACUUUCUCGCCCCUUUUUCCGUUUUUCUGUCUUAUAAUUUACAGCGGUUAGGCCUACUUCCAUUGAUCGAUGUAGAUUUGAACAGCUACGAUGCGUGUAAUAAAGGAAAAUGGACAGUUUAGUGUAUUUCCAUCCAAGCUGCUCUUGCUUCGGGCGUAACUGUUGUAUGGAGUGAAGUUGGCAUCGGCGAGAACUCGACAAGAGUGUUCUUCGCCGUUGGCAA